ACAGCACCGACCAUCAAAACCGCCAUUGACCUCUGGAUUCGGAUACUUCAGCCACUUCAAGACGUGAUAGCCAAUCCAACCGCAACAGCCCCAACUUUCUCCGUGUUCGCAAUGGCGACGGUCUCACAACCGCCGCAGACACCACCGUCGCAACCGCCUCCUCCGCCCGGAACCACUGUACCUCAGACCAGCCCUCAACUCGUACCAUCGCGUCAGCCUCUGCCACUAUCUGCCUCGCAGGAAGGUCAGGUGCGGGAAAUCUAUCACAAGCGAGUGCGGAAUAAGUGUGCCGAAGAAGUCCGACAAUUCGCAGCAUGUGCGACCAAUCGUACUUUUACCGCGCCUUUCUAUUGCCGCCCCGAACGUCGCCAGAUGAACGCUUGCAUGCUUCAGUACGCCAACCAAGCCGAGCAGGACGCUGCAAGAGAAGAGUGGUUUGCUACCCGUGAUCUGCGCCGCAAGGAGCGAGAGGCCAAGGAAGAGAAGAGGAAAGAGCAAGAGAAGUUCCACCGCGAGUGGUGGGGCCUUGAUGAGAAUGGCAAGCGCAUCGAGAAGAAGGACCCGAAGUGAUGCAGCCACAGCAUCUGUUUCAUAAGGAUAUGUUUGCAUCAACACGGGCAUUGGAGGGCGUUCAUUCGGUCUUCAGCAUGGCGUCUUGUACAGAAAAGUUACGACCUCCUUGGUAUGUAUCUUCAAUUCUACUCUUUUAACGAACCAGGUCUUCUGUGAAUCAGCAUGAUCAGCUACGUUGCUUCGUUCAAUGUCAUACGCCGCGACUGCCCACCGAUGAAGAGACCCGUUCCAGGCACCUCUUCUCUGCAUUCUUCUCAUGGCACCUUACCAUCUCCAAGCAUCAGAUGGGCAUGUGGAAAACGGUCCGCUAGAUCAACGCGGGUCGUUCGAAAACAUCGUGCAGCCUGCCGAUGGCUCGGCAUGACGGUAGGACAUCACAGGGCUCCAAAGCCAUGGCAAGCGGUAUGAUUAAUAACAAUCCAUGAGCAUUCGGUGCGAUCUCAUUUCUCCCCAAUCUCUUUGGAC